AUGACAUCUCUGGCGCCACCAGUGUCGAUCUAUGCGCCAGGAAGAACAGCAGUAGAAAAAGAAAUCGACUUAACCCAAGGACUAAGAGAUGGAAUACACAUAAUGAAGCUUAUAUUUGAAAAUCGCCUCAAUGAAGCGUUAACACUAUCCAAAGAACAGUAUGUAUUAACUGAACUAAUUGAAAUCACUCCACAAGAAGAUAUGGAAGCAACAAUUCAAUCUUUACGACAAACGAUACAAUUAGCGAAAAAAAGUGAAACCUAUCGUUCUUGGAUAUCUUUAACACUUAUCGGCACGAAACAAACAAUGGGUGAAUAUGAAUUGCAUGCCAAAUUAGUUUAUGCUGAAGCAUUAUUAUUACGAGCCUUAUUGAUGUUUAUUCAAGAUCAAGGUUUACUUAGUUUCAUUAGUGGUGCACUUAAAAUAAAAGAAUGUCACGAUUUAUUUGUAAAGUUAGCCAAAUACAACGAUCCGACCACAUUUUCAACUCAAUCAUUGCAUGAACACUUUGAUUCUGGUGUUCGAAUGGGUAAUGGGGCAUUUAAUCUUAUGAUUGCUAGUUUGCCUCAACGAAUAACAAAAUAUUUAGAAUUUGCUGGAUUUUCCGGUGAUAAGGAAUUUGGUUUACAGGAAUUGGAGAAAAGUUCAAAAAGCAAUGGGAUUCGUGCUCCAUUAUCAGCACUUUUCCUCUUAGGUUAUCAUACGUUUGCCGGUCAAAUAUUAGGCAAUGGUGAAGGAGAUUUAGACAAAGCUGAGCAAUUAACAAAAAGUUAUUUGAAAAUCUAUCCAAAUGUAAGUUGUUGA